AUCAUGUCGAUGAGCCCAAAGCAUACGACUCCUUUCUCAGUGUCUGACAUCUUGAGCCCCUUGGAGGAAAGCUACAAGAAAGUGGCCAUGGAGGGGAGUAACUUGGGGGCUCCUCUGGCAGCUUACAGGCAAUCGCAGGUGGCUCAGCCGGCCAUGCAGCAGCACCCCAUGGGCCACAAUGGGACGGUCACCGCUGCCUACCACAUGACAGCCGCCGGGGUCCCUCAACUCUCCCACACCGCCAUGGGGGGCUACUGCAAUGGCAACAUGGGCGACCUGCCGCCUUACCAGGACACCAUGAGGAACGGCGCUUCCGCCACCGGGUGGUACGGGGCCAACCCGGACCCCCGCUUCUCCACAAUCUCCCGCUUCAUGGGCCCGUCGUCGGGGAUGAACAUGGGAGGCAUGGGCAGCCUGAGCUCGUUGGGCGACGUGAGUAAGAGCAUGGCCCCGCUACAAAGCACGCCUCGGAGGAAGCGCCGCGUCCUCUUCUCGCAGGCCCAGGUGUACGAGCUGGAGAGGCGCUUCAAGCAGCAGAAGUACCUCUCGGCCCCGGAGCGGGAGCACCUGGCCAGCAUGAUCCACCUGACGCCCACCCAGGUCAAGAUCUGGUUCCAGAACCACCGCUACAAGAUGAAGCGGCAGGCCAAGGACAAAGCGGCGCAGCAGCAGAUGCAGCAGGAGGGCGCCUCUUGCCAGCAGCAGCAGCAGCAGCAGUCGCCCCGCCGGGUGGCCGUCCCCGUCCUGGUCAAGGACGGCAAGCCGUGCCAGGCGGGCUCCAACGCGCCCACGGCGGCGGCGCUCCAGGGCCACCAUCAGCAGCAGGCGGCAGCCACCGCCAUCACCGUGGCCUCCAAUGGCGCCAGCCUGGGACAGCAUCAGAGCCACCAAGCCAGCAGCGCGGGGCAGUCGCCAGACCUCGGGCAACACGCCGGCAACAGCCCCUCCUCCCUGCAGAGCCAGGUCUCGGCUUUGUCCCACCUGAACUCCUCCAGUUCUGACUAUGGGACGGCCAUGUCGUGCUCCACCUUGCUAUACGGGAGGACCUGGUGAAAGGGGCCGCCCGGCCUCCGCUGGGCCCGGGCCCGCGCCUGCUCUUGUCCGACGGGCCGACCCUUUCCUUUCUUUUCUUUUCUCACCCCCUCCUCCCUUGACUUCUACCCCCCCACACACAUACACGCCUUGUUCUUCUUUUUUAAAAAUCAGAAAAGUGGGGAGGGGUGUGUCGUUGGACGGAGAAAAAGAAGCAGACCUAAGUUUGAAACGGUUGUCGCUGAAGCAUCAUCUGGAGGAGUCGGUGGCCAGGAGACUCAGUAAGGACCAUGCACCCGCGGCUUGACGUGGAUCUCCACUGGACGCUUGUAUGUACAGAUAAAAACCUUGGGGCAAGGGUGGGUGUUUUCUUCCCUCCCCCACAAAAAAAACUCUUUAGCGUCCUCUCCCUCCAGAUUAUGCACACACGAAGGACCCAGGGCCCUCAGCCCAGUGAAUGGAUGGCGACACUGACCCGAUCAUGGCUUAGCUCCCCACCCCCACCCCUUCUGUUUGAUGUGAACC